CGCUCUGCCAUUUGCUUACGCAUUAUCACUAUGGGGAAAUAACGUGAGCUUAAUGUCAGUGUUUUUUUCCUUCACAUUUCGCGAACUUUUAGGCUAAUCUUCGCUCAGCUCGCAUAGAGGUCCCAGACCUUUGAAGCCAUGAGGCGGAGUAAGGCUGAAGUGGACCGCUACGUUUCCACCGUACAGAGUUCUUCUCCUUCACUCAAAGAGAAGCCAGUCAAAGGAUUUUUGUUUGCAAAGCUCUACUAUGAAGCAAAAGAAUAUGAACUUGCAAAAAGGCAUGUAUCUGAGUAUCUCAAAGUGCAGGAGAGGGAUCCCAAAGCACACAAAUUCCUUGGACAGCUCUAUGAAAGAGAAGGAGAGAUCAAUAAAGCCGUUGGUUGCUACAAGCGAUCGGUGGACUUGAACCCACUGCAACGAGACCUGGUGCUGAGGAUUGCUGAGUUACUAAUCAGUAAGGAGGACUGCGACAGCAGAGCAGAGUUCUGGGUUGAUAAAGCUGCAAAGCUCAUGCCUGGAAACCCUCAAGUCUUCAACCUAAAGGAACGGCUGUUGAGUCGCCAGGGCCAGAAGGGCUGGAACCAGUUGUUCGAUCUCCUCCAAGCAGAGCUGGCUGCGCGACCGGCUGACGCUUACGUGAAUGUAAAGUUGGUUCAGCUGUUUUGUGAGGACGGUCAGAAGGAUGAGGCCGUAAAGCAUUGCCUGGCUACAGAGAAAAAAGGUCUGCUACGCAACAGUGCAGAGUGGUACAAUGUGCAGUUGAACACUUUACAGGAUUAUCUGGCUCAGCCCAGCGUUUCAAGCAAUGAGAAGAUGUGUCGACGUCUCCAGAGAGAAGUACUGCUGGCACACUGCAACCUGCUGCGCAUCAGGCUGUCUGAGAGCAGCGUGCAGCCGAGCCUCGAUGCAUUCAGAGGUUUUGAUAAAGCCAUGCAGGAACUGACCAGCGUUGCCGGUCGGUUCACCGAUGAUCUUCUUGAGGUGUUUUGGGAGAUGAGAGCUCACCUCUACCUGCAUGCUGCCACGCUGCUGCUGAAAAUGGCUCAAGAUCGGCAGGAGACGUGGAGAUCCGUUGUUGACCUGGCCGCGCUGUGCUACCUGCUGGCAUACCAGUCUCCCAGACCAAAGGCAAAAGUGACCAAAAGGGACCAGUCUGCUCCGCAGCUCCUGGAGCUGCUGGCCAAUGACCGGCAGAGUCAGGCUGGGCACAUGCUGUUCAAUCUGAGCAAAGAUGUGUUCACUUUGAUCAAAGAGGUGGUGGAGGCAUUUGGAAACCGUAGUGGUCAGGAGUCUCUGUUUGAACUCCUAUGGGGUCAGCAGGCUUCCCCUGCAUCCUCUUUUAUCGCCAACGAUGACAUUCGCUCUCUCAGCCCUUUGGCUCCAGAGCUCUCCCAACUGGCUAAAUGGGACACGGGCUCCAUCUUGUUGCACAGUGGUGAACUGCAGCAUUUGAGCUGGUUGGGGCUCCAAUGGACUCUUCUAGAGCAGAGGCCACCCAUGCGGGACUGGCUGCAGCAGCUGUUUCCAAGGCUUACACUGGAAACGUCCAAGUUGGACACCAAUGCACCAGAGUCCAUCUGUCUGCUAGACCUUGAGGUGUUUCUAUACGGGGUGGUUUUCUGCAGCCACUGUCAGCUUCAGGACACGGCAAAGAUCAGCCGCAGCCUGAGCCCACAGAAGCAGCAGCAACUGUUCGAGCCCCGCUGCCUUCCUCUUCCUCUGCUUCGCCUCCUGACCACAGACAGGCAGAGGGAGUGGUGGGACGCCAUCUACAGCCUCAUUCACAAACGAGCCGCUCCUGGUACAUCAGCCAAGCUGCGAAUGGUUAUUCAACAUGGAAUGAACACUCUGAGAGCUGGAGAGAAACACGGGCUUCAACCGGUGCUGGUGAUCCACUGGGCGCAGAGGCUCAGCCAGACGGGUGAUGGAAUAAACUCAUAUUACGACCAGAAGGAGUACGUUGGCCGCAGCGUCCACUACUGGCGAGUCGUUAUGCCUCUGUUGGAGAAAAUAAAAAACAGACGGGGUAUACCAGAACCCCUGGACCCUCUCUUUAUACACUUUACUUCUAAGGAUAUUCAGAUUUCUUCUGUGAAAGCUUAUGAAGAAGAAGCCGAAAUAGCUUAUGCUGUUCUUCUGGACAUUGAAGGCAGAACAGAGGAGGCUAUUGCGACUUUGGAAAGCAUCAAUAACAUGUCAUCCAUCUGGCAUUUAGCACAGAUAUAUCAGCGACUUGCAGAGGAGGCCAGCAAUGGUUUGGAGGAGACCCAAGACAGGUGUAUCACUUUUCUAAGGAAGUUCAGGAACUAUCUGUCUAAGAUCUACAAUGCCAAUACAGAGGACAUUGAAAAGCUGCCGGUGUCCAUGGAGGAAGUGUUGGACCUCCUGAACGACGUCAAUCAGCAGCUUGGGGAAACUGGGGAGGUCAUGGAAGAGGAGGAACAGCAGGAGCUGGAGCUUCGGCGAGGACCACUUCACUCUAGCCCUGCUCGUCUCACAGACACCAGUGCAGGCGUAUCACAUGUUAAGUUUGCUUCUCCCUCUCCAAGCAAAAGCAUUGUUUCUCCCUCCAAACGACUGAUUUCACCAAAGACGCCACCUCACUGGGUUGAAGACCAGAAAAGUCUCCUUCAGAUGUUAUGUCAGCAGGUGGAAGCCCUCAAGAAUGAAGUCCAUGAUCUAAAACACAAUGCAUCAGUAAACUCUGGUUCUCCGCACCAUAAACUGUAUGGAGAGAACUACAGGGCUGACAGCUUACAGGAGCCAUUUACCCCAGUCCAGUCCUACCAUGGAGCCCCUCUAACUGUUGCUACCACAGGCCCUCCUGUUUAUUACAACCAGUCCCCUCAGUAUCUACUGCGGACAGCUGCGAAUGUAACUCCCACCAAGGGUCCAAUGUAUGGUGUGAACUGUAUGCCACCCCAGCAGCAUAUGUAUGCCUACCAGCCGCCCACUCACACACCCCCACUGCAGACAGCCCCGCCCUGCAUCUACCCUCCCCAAGAACAAGUUUUUAGUUCCCCUCUUCGGUUUGAGUCUCAGGCCACAGGUCUUCUUUCUCCAUAUAGUGAAGAAUAUUAUGGGCAGAAUGUUCCUCAGCAGACCACCAACCCAACUCUGCCUGAACCUGGCUACUUCACCAAACCAUCUGUACUCCCUGUUCAACCACCAAAGAAUAUGGAAGGGAAGCCCAUGGACUUUGGGAAGCUUUCCUUCAGCCAGCAGGCUUCAGAUGAUGUCCACAGAGUACCCAGUUUCGGAGCAGGGGCAGCAGCUCAGUCUACACCCCAACCUCCCUUCAGUUUCAACUCCUACCUGAAAUCCAAUGAAAGAGAUUUAAGUUUAUCUACAUCCCAAACCAAACAAAGCGAGAGUUUGCUCGGCCUCCUCACGUCAGACCUCCCAGCAAAAACUGACACAGUUCCAGAGAAGCCCUCCGCGCAGCAGCAGCCCCCUAGCAACCAGAGCAUCUUUACGUUUGGAAAUAAAAACAUAAGCAGCUUCUCUUUUGCAGAUUCCACUUCCAAAACAGCGGCUGGAGGCGUCUUUGGGAAGGUGGAACAGCCGUUUAAGUUUGGUGAAGUCACCCUCCCAGCGUUUGGCAUUGGCAAGACAUCAGAGCCGGAGAAGUUGGCAGAGAGUGACAAUGAGAGCACCCAUGCUGAGGAGGAUGAGGACGGUCCUCACUUUGAACCCAUUGUCCCCCUUCCUGAUAAGGUGGAUGUGAAAACGGGUGAGGAAGAAGAGGAGGAGAUGUUUUGCAACAGGGCGAAGCUCUACCGAUUUGACACGGAGACAAAAGAAUGGAAAGAGAGAGGAAUCGGCAAUGUUAAAAUCCUCAGACACAACACUAAAGGGAAGGUGCGCCUCUUGAUGAGAAGAGAGCAGGUCCUUAAGAUUUGUGCAAAUCACUACAUUACUGCAGACAUGCUACUGAAACCGAAUGCUGGCUCAGACAAAUCAUGGGUGUGGAACGCCAUUGACUAUGCAGAUGAAGAGCCUAAACCUGAGCAGCUGGCCAUUCGCUUCAAAACUGUAGAUGAGGCGGCUCUAUUCAAAGCAAAGUUUGAGGAAGCCCAGAAAGUGGUGCCGGAAUCUCCAGAAAAGAAAGAGAAGAAAGAGGAAACCUCCAAGGAGUUUGACUCUCUAGCAGCUCGAUUUGCCCCUAAAGAGGGCGAGUGGGAGUGCGGUGUGUGCUGUGUCAGAAAUACAGCAACGGCUACGCAGUGUGCCGCAUGCUACACUGCCAAUCCACAGUCCUCAUCAAAACAAGAAAAUCAGGUUACAGGUGAAUCCAGUCCGUUCACCUUUAAAUUUGGUACAGAUUCAUCAAAGCCAACCGGUUCAAGCUCCACGUUUGCUGGAUUCAGUGCUUCAUCAAAGCCAACCGGUUCAAGCUCCACGUUUGCUGGAUUCGGUGCUUCAUCAAAGCCAACCGGUUCAAGCUCCACGUUUGCUGGAUUCGGUGCUUCAUCAAAGCCAACUGGUUCAAGCUCCACGUUUGCUGGAUUCGGUGCUUUUGGAACUUCUGUGCCCUCCUCCUUUACAUUUGGGGGCAGCGCUACCAAGUCUGCUGACCAAACAGAUAGUCCAUUAGGUUUUAGCUUUAAUUCACAAUUUGUCACAAAGCCAGAGCAGUGGGACUGUGCCAAGUGUUCUGCAAAGAACGAGGCCUCAACAAACAGUUGUGUCUCUUGUAAAGCUCCUAAAACUACAGUGAAAACAUCCGCAGUGGCACAAAUAGCUCCAGCAACAGAACCUCUUCCUGCAGAGGCCCCCAUAUCGGCACCUGACGCUGGAUUUGCCGUACGCUUCAGCAAGAAGCCUGGACAGUGGGAUUGUAAUGUUUGCGAAGUAAGAAAUGAAGCAUCUGCUGAUAAAUGUGUUGCUUGCCAAAGUCCAAACACAGCCUCUAAAUUAUCCAGUGGAGCUCCAGCUGCAUCAAAUGCUCAAGCAGUGUCAGGAUUUCGGGCUGAAUCUGCCAAUAAUUUUGGCACAGAUUCAUCAAAGCCACCGGGUUCAAGCUCCACGUUUGCUGGAUUCGGCGCUUUUGGAACUUCAGUGCCCCCCUCCUUCACAUUUGGGAGCAGUGCUGCAAAGUCUGCUGACCAAACGGGUAGUCCAUUUGGUUUUAGCUUUAAUUCACCAUUUGCCACAAAGCCAGAGCAGUGGGAUUGUGCCAAGUGUUCUGCAAAGAACGAGGCCUCGACAAACAGUUGUGUCUCUUGUAAAGCUCCUAAAACUACAGUGAAAACAUCCGCAGUGGCACAAAUAGCUCCAGCAACAGAACCUCUUCCUGCAGAGGCCCCCAUAUCGGCACCUGACGCUGGAUUUGCCGUACGCUUCAGCAAGAAGCCUGGACAGUGGGAUUGUAAUGUUUGUGAAGUAAGAAAUGAAGCAUCUGCCGAUAAAUGCGUUGCCUGCCAAAGUCCAAACGCAGCCUCCAAAUUAUCCAGUGGAGCUCCAGCUGCAUCAAAUGCUCAAGCAGUGUCAGGAUUUCGGGCUGAGUCUGCCAAGAAGGACGGAAUGUGGGACUGCAACUCCUGUUUGGUCAGAAAUGAAGCCUCAGCAGCUCAGUGUGCCUCCUGCAAAUCUCCAAAUCCAAACCCUUCUUUAGAGACCAUGUUUGGCAAGAAAGAAGGAGAGUGGGACUGCGACGUCUGCCUCGUGAGAAAUAAGGCCUCUUCUAAUGAAUGUGCGGCCUGUAAAACCCAAAACCCAAAUGCGAAAUGCUCAGUUACAGCAGUCCCCUCUGCCUCUUCUUUCAGUUUUAACUUUGCAAACAAGAGCUCAUCAAGCCAGCCUGCUGGAGGUGCAUUUACUUUUGGGAGCGGUGGGACUAAAGAAAAGAAAUCAUCUGCUGCAAUAGAGUUUGAAGCUCCUCAGGCUGUUCCAACCACCACAAGCUCCUCUGGCUUUUCCUUUACAAUGCCCAUCCCAGCUGGUGGCUUCAAGUUUGGAGUUCAGGACUCUGUGGCAGAUUCUGCCUCAUCUGAUAAAGCACCUCCACCUGGGUCAGCCUCCACUGUCCUGAAAAACAUGGCUGACAAACACAAACAGAAAGAAACUGUGUCCACGCCUUCAGUGGACCAAAAGGAAAAGGAUCUCAAUCCAUUAAUAGCUGGAAACACCAAUACCUUCAGUUUUGCAGACUUGGCCCAGUCCUCAGAUGAAACCUUCCAGUUUGGCCAGAAAGAUCCAAAUUUCAAAGGUUUCUCUAGGGCAGGGGAGCAGGUAUUCUCAUUCUCACAGACGACCCCCACGAAGGCAGACACCUCAAAUGACCUGGAAGACGAAGGCAUGUAUAAAACGGAAGAGCAUGACGACAUCCAGUUUGAACCAGUGAUCCAGAUGCCUGAGAAGGUGGACCUGGUGACGGGUGAGGAAGACGAACAGGUCCUCUACUCCCAAAGAGUCAAACUGUUUCGAUUCGACACCGCCACCAGUCAGUGGAAAGAACGUGGCGUUGGGGUCCUGAAGUUCCUGAAGAACAACACAAACGGCCGACUGAGGGUGCUCAUGAGAAGGGAACAAGUGCUGAAGGUUUGCGCCAACCACUGGAUCACCACCACUACUAACCUGAAGCCCCUGGCUGGCUCAGACAAGGCCUGGAUGUGGCUGGCCAAUGACUUCUCAGAUGGAGACGCUAAACUGGAACAGUUGGCUGCCAAAUUUAAAACCACGGAGAUGGCAAAGGAGUUCAAAGAGAAGUUUGAUGAGUGUCAGCGACUUCUUUUGGAUAUACCCCUGCAGACUCCCCAUAAGCUUGUGGACACUGGCCGAACAGCUCACCUCAUCAAGAAAGCUGAAGAGAUGAAGUCAGGUUUGAAAGACUUGAAGUCCUUUUUGACCGACGAGAAGACGAAGAUCCAAGAUGACGAUAUGCAGAGGGACGUCUCUGCCACAGGCGAAAUGUCCGGUCUGGGGAUAAGAACUCACGGGGAAACCACAGGCCCUACAUUGGAGUGGGAUAAUUAUGACCUACGAGAGGAAGCUUUGGAUGAUACUGCUGACUCCUCCAUCUACACCACCCCUGUAGCCAGCAGCCCCCUGAGAAAGAACCUCUUCCGCUUUGGAGAAUCCACAGGUGGGUUCAGCUUCAGUUUCCAACCUGGAAUCAGCCCUUCCAAGUCUCCUGCAAAGCUCAACCUGAGCAGAGCCUCAGUGGGUACCGAUGAGGAGCAGGACACGACUCAGGACGAGGAGCGAGACGGACAGUACUUUGAACCAGUGGUGCCUUUGCCUGACUUGGUGGAGAUUUCUACGGGGGAGGAAAAUGAGCAGGUGGUCUUUAGCCAUAGAGCCAAACUGUAUCGCUAUGACAAAGAGAUUAAACAGUGGAAGGAGAGGGGCAUUGGAGACCUCAAGAUUCUGCAGAAUUAUGACACCAAACGAGUCAGGUUGAUAAUGAGGAGAGACCAGGUACUGAAGCUCUGUGCCAACCACUGGAUCUCUGCCGCCAUGAAGCUGGAGCCCAUGAAGGGAGCAGAGAAGGCCUGGGUCUGGAGUGCCUUGGACUUUGCUGAAGAAGGGGACGGUAAAGUUGAGCAGCUGGCUGUAAGGUUUAAGACACAAGAGUCAGCGAGCACAUUCAAACAGGUCUUUGAAGAGGCCAAGGUGUCCCAUGAAAAAGCAGAACUAAUGACUCCUGUGACGGCAAGAGUCCCUACAACACUAGAAAGCGGUCCGGCAGCGCCAUCUGAAUGCACUACUGCGUCUCUCUGUGGGCCUGCAGCAAUUGCUGUUCUGGAGGAGACGACGCGGGAGCGAACAGCAACUCCCCCUGUUACCAAGCCAACUGCAGCCGGAUCCCCAAGUCCAAUCAAUCCCACGAAGACCGUGGUGUCCCCACCAAAGUUUGUCUUCGGCACUGAUUCUGUUCAGAAGAUCUUUGGUUCUCCUAAAUCAGAGUCCCAAGCAUCUGCAUCUGUGACGAGUUUGACGGCCAAAGAAGGUGGAAGCUCCUCCAAGCCUGUUACUGCUCCAGCAUUCAAAAUGCACACAGGGCUGGAUUUUAGGCUUUUCAAAGAUAACCCAAUGGCCUUUUGGACCAGCACAGCCACCAUCCAAUUUGAAACCCCAGGCUCUCCUCAGGCUGCAGCUUCCAGCUCAGGGUCCGGUGACGACUCUGAUGUGGAGAUCGUGUUUGUCAGAGAGCCCACUGCUGAACAGGCCGCCUUAGCCAGGAAACUCAUGCUGCCUCUCACCUUCUUCUGCUACAAGAAUGAGCCAGGCUACACCAGUGACGAUGAACCUGAUGACGAGGAUUUCGAGUCGGCUGUUAGAGCCCUGAAUGGAAAGCUUUACCCCGACCCUCCUGAAGCUGCAGCAGCGGCUUGUUCUGAGGAGUCAGACUGUCAGUUUGUUUGGGAAAAGAAACCAACCCCAGAGGAAGAGGUGAAGGCAAAGAGCCUCCAGCUUCCACCCACCUUCUUCUGUGGCCUGAGCACCACGGACAGCGACCCAGACGCCGAUGAGCCUGAAGACUUCGAGACAGAAAUUCGUAAAGCCCACCGAGACCUGGCUGCCCAGUUAAGCAGAGCUGAGCCUGCCUCAAGUGGUCCUGCAGAAUCCUCACAGACCUCUACCUCCAUCCCAUCGCCCAGCUAUGCAGAAGCUGCAGAGGCCAAACCCUCUGCAAAAGAGCAACCAGCAGAAAAGCUCAGUGAGACUCUGAGUGAAACCCCCAGUAGCAGCAGCAGCGCUCCUAUUGACCUUUCUACAAAGAAGAGUCCAGAACCAGAGUCUAAAACCGAGACGGGACCUAUAGCAACACCUGCCACUACAGCCGCUCAAGACUCUUCUGCCUUUGGCUUCAACUCGCUCGGUGGUGGAUUUUCUUUUGCUGACCUUGCCAAAAAUACAGAAGGAUUUGCAUUUGGAUCUCAAGAUGCCAAUUUCUCCUGGGCAAAUGCUGGAGCGACUGUAUUUGGGGCUACAGUGUCCUCUGAGGUUAAAAAUGCUGACGGUGAGGAGGGAAGUGAUGAAGAGGAGGCUUCCAACAACGCGGACAUCCACUUUGAGCCAAUCGUUUCCCUACCUGAGGUGGAAACAAAGUCUGGAGAGGAGGACGAGGAAAUCCUGUUCAAAGAGCGAGCCAAGUUGUACCGAUGGGACCGUGACCUUGGGCAGUGGAAGGAGCGCGGCAUCGGCGACCUGAAGAUCCUCUUCCACCCGACCAAACACUUCUAUCGUAUCCUCAUGCGAAGAGAGCAAGUGCUGAGGGUUUGUGCCAAUCACACCAUCUUGCAGUCGAUGGAGCUCAAACCCAUGAACACAUCAGCCAACGCGCUUGUCUGGACCGCCACUGACUACUCAGACGGUGAAGGUGUGGUGGAGCAGCUGGCAGCCAAGUUCAAAACAGCCGAGAUAGCAGAGUCUUUUAAGAAGACCUUCUGUGAAUGUCAGAACCGCCUCGAGCAAACCGGUGACGACGCUUCAUCCUCCUCAGUGCCACACAUGUCCAGAGUCCAGGAGCACUCCAAAGACACUAACCCGCUGGUGUUCCUCAAAGUGGCCGCUGAUGAUGAACCACUGGGCAACAUCACCAUUGAGCUGUUCUCACAUAUUGUUCCCAAGACUGCAGAGAACUUCAGGGCUCUGUGCACUGGAGAGAAAGGUUUCGGACUGAAAAACUCCAUCUUCCAUAGGAUCAUACCAGACUUCAUGUGUCAGGGAGGGGACAUCACCAAGAGUGAUGGCACUGGUGGCAAAUCCAUCUAUGGUGCCGCUUUUGAGGACGAAAACUUCGACGUUCGGCACACUGGACCCGGCAUCCUGUCCAUGGCAAACCGCGGACGGGACACCAACAACUCGCAGUUCUUCAUAACGCUGAAGAAAGCAGAACAUUUGGACUUCAAACACGUAGCGUUUGGUUUUGUUCGGGACGGGAUGAAUGUGGUACAGCAGAUGGGACAGUUGGGCUCCAAGGGAGGACCUCCCACUAAGAAGUUGGUUAUCACAGAGUGCGGCCAGCUGUAGCUGCUCCCAAUGGAAGACUCUGAUUUGCAGCUUUGGUGAUGUUCAAAGGAAGUUGGCACACCCCUGGAAAAACACACUUUCUGGAUCAUAAGACUGUAAUUCCAAGUAAAAUCUACUAGAUUUUUGAAAUUGGGAAAUUUCUCUACCAAGGAGUCAUAGAUUGUUGGGAGUAACCUUUUGGAGUGAAUUUGGAUUGUCACUGCUGUUUGCAUUUCACAGAUGUUUAUUUUUUGUGUGUAAUAUUGUAAAUGUUAUUCUUCUAUUUUUUUGUUAUUUGUCUGUUGUACCAUGUUUUAAUUUUUUUUUUUUUUACUUGAGUUUACUUUACAGUCCCCCACUGCUCCUAAAUGUACCAUUUUCUAUAGGACACCCUGUUUAUUGUUCUUGGUGUAAGUUAACUUCACAAUGCAAGUAAUUGGUUUCAAAAAUGUUUCCCCUUUAAGCAAAUGGUAUCCAAUAGUUUUAUUUUCCAGGGAGAUUGAGCAUCUGUAUAGAUGCUGAAUUGAGAUGACCAAUAAAAGUUGCUUGUUGUAAUGAAGUAAUUUGCUGAUAACUGAAAUAAAUUUGCUUUACAAAGAA